CUACCAACCCUGACGCCACUGCAAGAUAAUAGAUGCCACACACACACACACACACACGCGCGCGCCAGCAGAUGGACACGACGGAACGGUGGUUGCCCUGUGUGUGUGUGUGUGCGUGUGUGUUGUUACGUCCAAGUACGAAGACCCGUCCGUCGUCCAUGCCAAAAUCGACGCUUGUGUCAUCGGACUGUUGGACGCCAGGCGCCUCGCCAUCACCCUCGGGGAUUGAGUACCUUGAUUUAGUUUCUGCAUGUGUGUCUGCCUCUCCUCGUAUGACGACAGUAGCUGCUCGAGCUGCUUCUUCUUGGCCUCGACCUGCCCCAUGAUGUCUCCACCAGCAUCUGCACAUCGUGCACGCAAGGCAGACGCCUUCACAGGCCCUUCUCUGGCUAUUUGUUUUGUGUGUGAUUGCACCUGUUUCCUUCUGGUUGAGCUCGUCCAGCUGCUCCGUUGCCUCCUGCAGGCGCUGGCGGGCGGCGUCGGCCUUCGCACGGGCCGCAUCGGUCUUGCGCUGCUGCUGCAGAUGAGAGAAUGGAUAUGGCGUGGGUGUGUGGGGAAUCUGAGGAGGCAGCUGACCGAUUCGAGUGUCUUUGUGUUGCGUUGGCACGCUCCUGCUCCGACGCAACCUGACACACACACAAAUGACAUGAGGACAGCAUCCAUCCAUCCAUCCCUUCCUCCCUCUCUCUCCCGUUCUGUCGUGUGAUGCCUGUACCUUCGCCUUGGCCUCGUCGAGUUGGUGCUUGUCCGCCUUGAGCUGCUUGAGAUGCGCGCGGGCAGAAUCGUGAGCCUGACGCACACACAUUCAUGCAUUUGUGAGUGGUUGGGUUGGGUUGGUGGUUGUGAGUGUCGGUGUCUCACCUCUUUUGCAGCCUGGCAGUUCUUUCGUUCCUGGUCGAUUUGAUUUUUGAGUAUGAGUAUCCGUGACUUGGCGUCGAGUACUUGGCCCUCGAUCUUCUGCGUCUGCUCAGAUGUCUUCUUGGUCUUGGCGUGGAUCCAUGUCCUUGAGCUGCUGCUGCUUGGCC